GUUUACUUGUGCAUAUUAAUUCUUGCUCUUAAAGCUUCCAUUCGGUUUCGUUGGCUUUUCAAUCUUGCACUCUGCUGAUCGAUCUACUGGGCUGUUCUAAACUUGGAGUUCAUUAGAAAUAAUAUACCAGCUUAGUGUCUUUUAUGACUGAUAGGUAAAAAGAAUAGAGUUCAUGGAGAAAAAUAGGGAAGAAGAGGGUGAGGUUAAGAAAAUUGAAUAUGGAGAUGUGGCUUUAGGUUUUAAUUUAAUAAGGGCAAGAGCAAAACUAAGCCAAAAGGAUACGUGGGGGAGAGCGACGAGGAGUCUUAGUGGCAAGGAGAUGAUGAUCUUCCGCGCAGACAGAGUUGAUCUCAAGAAUUUAGAUGUUCAGUUGGAGAAGCACUUGAAGACACUUCCGUCAAUUAACUUGAAACCAUAUAUGCCUUUGCCUAAAGAAGAUUGGGAGCUUGAUCUUAGCAAGCUGGAGAUUAGAUACUAUAAAGCUCACGGCAGUUUUGGUACUGUAUACAGGGGUACAUACGAUGAAACAGAUGUUGCAGUGAAGCUGCUGGAUUGGGGAGAGGAUGGGAAGGCCACUAGUUCAAAAACUGCAGCUCUGAGAGCAGCAUUUCGACAAGAGAUUUCUGUUUGGCACAAGCUUGACCACCCGAAUGUCACAAAGUUUGUUGGUGCAGCACUGGGGACUUCAGAUAUAAAAAUUCCUGCGGAAAGCUCUACGACCAAAGAGCCUCCUAGCCUUCCAGCAAAGGCAUGUUGUGUUGUCGUAGAAUUUCUUCGUGGAGGAACAUUGAAAGAAUUACUCUACAGAAACAGGAAAAAGAAACUUCCUUUUAAGACCGUGGUCCAGCUUGCAUUGGAUUUAGCCAGAGGUUUGAGCUAUUUACACUCCAACAAUAUUGUACACCGGGAUGUGAAAGCUGAAAAUAUGCUACUGGAUGCCCAAAGAAAUUUAAAAAUUGCUGAUUUUGGGCUUGCUCGAGUUGAAGCUCUGUAUCCCGAAGAUAUGACUGGUGAAACAGGCACGAUUGUGUACAUGGCACCUGAGGUUAUUGAUGGCCAGCCAUAUAACAGGAAAUGUGAUGUCUACAGUUUUGCAAUAUGUCUAUGGGAGAUAUAUUGCUGUGAUCGUCCUUAUCCAAAUCUCUGCUCAGCUGAUGUCUCAUAUCAAGUCGUCGAGGAGGAUCUGCGGCCUAAGAUCCCCAAGCGUUGUCCGAGUCCACUGGCAAGCAUAAUGAGAAAAUGCUGGGAUGAAGACCCAGAGAAACGACCCAGCAUGGACGAGGCAGUCAGAAUGUUGGAAGCCCUUGAUACUAGCGAGGAUGGAGGAAUGACACCGAAAGGCCGGACUACAGGCUGUUUCUGCUUUGCUCCUGCCAGGGGUCAUUGAAAACAAUGUACAUUUUUUUUAGAUACAAUUCUUUUUAAAAAAUUUGUUAAUUUACCAGUGGCCUAUGCAGUACCUUGUUUGAGGCUCUUAACUUACAGGAUUGUCAUGUGAUUUGCUGUUGUAAGUACUAUAGUUUUGUUCUUGUGUCUUUUUGUUUACUUGUAGAUUUGUAACAUAUUUUCUUGCUUCAGCCAUUUAUUUGAUGGGUAUGUACAUUGGAAGAGAUUAUGAGUAGAUU